AGUCACAUUAUUGUUUACCUCACGUGUUUUGUGUAUUACCUUUGAUCAACAAAUAUCAAUUAUAUCGACUAUUAGGCCUACUUUUUAAGCUAUAUAUCAAUACGAUGAAUUCGCAUGAUCUAAAAUCAAAACUUCACUUACAAACACCAACAGUGUUAAGUCCGUCUAUAUCAAAACUAACAGGAUUUUCAGUUUAUCUAAAGCUAGAAAAUAUUCAGAUACCUGGAUCUUUUAAAAUACGUGGCAUUGGAAAUUUGUGCCAAAAAGCAAAGGAAAGUGGAUGUAAACGUAUUGUCUGUGCUUCAGGAGGAAAUGCCGGACUCGCUGCUGCAUAUGCUGCCCAGCAGUUAGAUUUACCUGCUACCAUAGUCUUGCCAACGAGCACACCUCAGUUCGUAGCUGACAAACUGAAAGAAAACUUCUCGGCUGAGGUACUUUAUCAUGGCAGCAUGUGGGACGAAAGUAAUACACAUGCUUUAGAACUGGCAAAAGAUCCUGAUUGUGUUUACAUUCACCCAUUUGACCAUCCGGACAUUUGGGAAGGUCAUUCGACAAUCAUUGCUGAAUCAUCAGUACAGCUUGGAUUCAAACCAGACUUGGUGGUGACCUGUUGUGGUGGAGGUGGAUUAAUGAAUGGAUUAUUACAAGGUAUGUGGAAGGAAGGCUGGAAUGACGUACCACUGUUAGUAAUGGAAACUGACGGAGCCGACAGUCUUAAUGCUGCUGUCAAGGCAAAUAAACUUGUAACUUUACCGGGUAUAACCAGUGUUGCCAAAUGUCUUGGUGCCUGUACUGUUAGUGCUACGUCAUUAGAAUACUGCUCUAAACAUAAAGUUAUAUCCUCAGUUGUGGACGACAAGGAAGCAGUUAGCGCAUGUUUGCGUUUUGCAGAUGAUCACAGAAUGCUUGUGGAACCGGCGUGUGGAGCUACAUUAGCCGCCGUAUAUAGUGGAGUUAUUGAGAAACUUGUGAAAGAAGGAGAACUUGGACCUAUGAAGUCUGUAUUAGUGGUAGUUUGUGGGGGGAGUGGUGUUACUCUAAACGAACUUCAGAAAUGGAAAGAACAAUUCAGUCUAUGAUUUAUUUAUUAUUGUCAAUAGUUUUUCAAAUAAACAAUGAUGAACAUUU